ACUAUUGAGGGAAAUCAAGUAGGAACUCAAGGCAGGGACCUGGAGGCAGGAACUGAAGGAGACGCCAUGGAGGAGUUCUGCUUCCUGGCUUGCUGCCCUUAGCUUCCUGUCUCUUUUCUCAUACCCAGGACCAUAUGCCCAGAGUUGGCACCAACCCACAGUGAUCUGGGCUCUUCCAUAUUCAUCAUUAAUCAAGAAAAUGUCCCCACUGACUUGCCUACGGGCAAUCUGAUGGGAGUAUUUUCUCAAUGGUGGCCUCUUUGCCCAUGUAAAUCUAAUGUGUCAAGUUAACAAAACAAAACAGAUACAAGAGCAACAACCAGGACAAAGGACUUGGGGAUAUUUAGCCAGCUCAUGGGAACUAAGUUUUUGGAGUAUAUUCAGUAUGAAAGGAUUAGUUUUCCGUAUGUUUUCUGAACAUAAGUAACAGUACUGGGCCUGGAGCUUCUCCAUCGACUCUGGAGCUUUGGAAACAUAAAUGCAUCAUUCAUCAUCAGGGUCUCGCUGUGUUCUUCAGAAUGGCCUUGAACUCACAGUCAUCCUUCCCCGGCUACACAGAUUUGACAUAAUUGACACCUUCAAAACCCUGACCAAGGAACUACUGAGACAAGAACAUUUACCCAAGGUUCUUCAGAAAAAAGAACCCCACCAGCUCACUGAUAGAACAUUUUUCAUUGAUGGUUCCAACCAGGGGUUGAAGACCAUCCCGUCAGAGAUUUUGGCAUUAAAAGAAUUAGAAGAAGUGCAUCUGGAGAAUAACCAGAUUGCAGAAAUUCCCCAGGGCAUUCAGCAGUUACAGAACACCAAGGUUCUCUACCUGCAUAACAACAGCCUGCAAGAUCUGUGCCCGGAGCUGGGGGCGCUGAGCAGCCUGGAGUCGCUGGACCUGAGCGGCAACCCGCUGGUCAUCUCCUCGCUGCACGUCGUCAGCCGCCUCCGCACCCUUCGCGAGCUGCGGCUCUACCGCACUGGCCUGACCGAGAUUCCCACCGGCAUUUGCAAAUCCCUGCAUCACCUGGAGCUGUUCGGUCUGUCAGAGAACUUCCUGGAAUCGCUGCCCGAGGAAAUCGUGAACCAAACCAAGCUCAGGGAGAUCUACCUGAAGCAGAAUCACUUCGAGGUUUUCCCUUGCGACCUCUGUGUCCUCUACAACCUGGAGGUGAUCGACCUGGACGAAAACAAGCUGAAGAGCAUCCCCGGAGAUAUCGGGCACCUGGUGAGGCUGCAGAAGUUCUACGUGGCGUCUAACCACCUGAUGAGUUUACCGGAGUCUCUGAGUCAGUGCAGCAAGCUGUCAGUGCUGGAUUUGACCCACAACUCUAUCCACUCCCUGCCGUCCUCCCUGGAGCUUCUCACCGAGCUCACGGAGGUAGGGCUGAGCGGGAACCGGCUGGAGAAGGUGCCGCGCCUCCUCUGCAGCUGGGUGUCGCUGCAUCUGCUGUACCUGCGCAACACCAGCCUGCACGGGCUGCGGGACUCCUUCAAGCGCCUGAUCAACCUGCGCUUCCUGGACCUCAGUCAGAACCACAUAGAACACUUUCCCGUGCAGAUUUGCGCGCUCAAGAACCUGGAGAUCCUGGCGCUAGAUGAUAACAAAGUGAGGCAGUUACCACCGAGCAUAAGCUUGCUUUCAAACCUGAAGAUACUCGGGCUCACAGGAAAUGACCUUUUGUCCUUCCCAGAGGAAAUCUUUUCCUUAAUAUCUCUGGAGAAAUUAUAUAUUGGACAAGACCAGGGGUCCAAGCUUUCAUCUUUGCCAGAAAACAUCAAGAGAUUGAUGAAUCUUAAGGAACUAUACAUAGAGAACAACCGACUGGAACAGCUGCCAGCAUCCUUGGGGUUAAUGCCAAAUCUGGAAGUUCUUGACUGUCGGCAUAAUCUUCUUAAGCAACUCCCAGAUGCCAUUUGCCGUACUCGAAAUUUGAGAGAGCUGCUGCUGGAAGACAACUUACUCUGCUGCCUCCCAGAGAACCUUGAUCACCUGGUAAAUCUUAAGGUCCUAACACUGAUGAACAACCCCAUGGUCGACCCUCCCAUAUAUGUGUGUAACCAAGGCAAUGAAGCCAUAUGGAAACACCUGAAGGAGAACAGAAUUAGGAAAAUGAUGGCCACCACGAUUCAGGCAUGGUGGCGUGGAAUCAUGGUCCGGAAAGGAUAUGGAUCUUAUGAAGAGCUACUAAAAGCCCGAAAAAAAGGAAAAUCCCCUCCAAAGGACAAGAAAGGGAAAAAGGCUGCAAAGGGGAAGCCUGAAAAAGGGAAUAAAAAGUAAUUAUGUAAAUGAAUUAAUGAAAAUAAAGAUUGCUAACAGAGCAGGAAGGCACCCUGUCUAGGGGCCAUAAAACAACCACAUGAAAAUUAACCAUGAAAUUAAGGCUGUUUGUAAUAAUAAAAGAGUCUUAUUUUACUGAAA